CAGCCUGGGUGAGAUGUAGCGGGGAGAGACGAUCAGCUUCAGAACCACACGAGACACAGAAGCAAGAUGUUAAAACUAAUAUUUAUUUCGUCGUUAAUAGUCCACGCGUUAGGGACACCGAGGGCGCCAAACUUCGACGCCUUCCCACCGCCCGGAGUCGUCAUCGGUGAGAGUCCGAGUGGCUUCGCCAAGCUCGUCAACCACAUCAGAUUCCGCAACCUUACUUCAGGAUUCUUCCCCGUCGACGCCAUCAAAGACAAUCCUUAUGGCUUCUCCAAAGAGGUGUUCAAGUAUUCUGAUAUCCCCUCGGGCUUUGAGAUAUCCGAUGCCAUCCCGUCCAAUCCCUAUGGUUACUCCACCAGGAUCCAGAGAGACAACCACGGACUUCGCACACCUAGGAUUGGCUUUGAAAAGGUUGAAGUAAUCCCUACCAAUCCAUAUGGAUAUUCUACACAAACCGCUGAACAGAAUGAUGUUCCCAACGCCUUUGAGGCUGUAGCUUCCAUACCUACCAACCCCUAUGGAUAUUCUGACAAGGUAGAGAAAGAAACGUACAGAGCCAGUAGCCUUGAGAGUGGCUUUGUUGAGGUCAGGGCCAUCCCUGCAAACCCUUAUGGUUACUCUGAAGACAUUAAAGAGUCGGGGAGUGCCCCAGGAGCCUUUGAAACUUUUGACUCGAUCCCCAAAAACCCUUAUGGAUACUCAGAGAAGAUUCAGAGAGAAAUCUACAGAAGCAAGGGACCAGGCAAUGGUUUUGAGAAGGUAGAACUCAUUCCCGACAAUCCCUAUGGCUAUUCAUCACAGAUACAGAAAGUGAAAGUCGAACCAGGAGCAUUUGCCUCUUUCGACUCGAUCCCCAAGAAUCCCUAUGGAUAUUCGGAGGAGGUUCAUAGAGAAAUUUACAGAAGCAAGGGCCCAGGCAGUGGUUUUGAGAGGGUUGAACUUAUCCCCGACAAUCCCUAUGGCUAUUCAACACAGAUACAGAAUGUGAAAGCCGGACCAGGAGCAUUUGCAGCUGUCGAUUCGAUCCCCAAGAAUCCCUACGGGUACUCAGAAGAAGUUCAUGGAGACAUUUACAGAAGCAGGGGUCCAGUCAGUGGUUUUGAGAAGGUAGAACUUAUCCCCGACAAUCCCUAUGGCUAUUCAGCACAGACACAGAAAGUGAAAGCCGGACCAGGAGCAUUUGCAGCUGUCGAUUCGAUCCCCAAGAAUCCCUACGGGUACUCAGAAGAAGUUCAUGGAGACAUUUACAGAAGCAGGGGUCCAGUCAGUGGUUUUGAGAAGGUAGAACUUAUCCCCGACAAUCCCUAUGGCUAUUCAGCACAGACACAGAAAGUGAAAGCCGGACCAGGAGCAUUUGCAGCUGUCGAUUCGAUCCCCAAGAAUCCCUACGGGUACUCAGAAGAAGUUCAUGGAGACAUUUACAGAAGCAGGGGUCCAGUCAGUGGUUUUGAGAAGGUAGAACUUAUCCCCGACAAUCCCUAUGGCUAUUCAGCACAGACACAGAAAGUGAAAGCCGGACCAGGAGCAUUUGCAGCUGUCGAUUCGAUCCCCAAGAAUCCCUACGGGUACUCAGAAGAAGUUCAUGGAGACAUUUACAGAAGCAGGGGUCCAGUCAGUGGUUUUGAGAAGGUAGAACUUAUCCCCGACAAUCCCUAUGGCUAUUUCACUGUCGAUUCGAUCCCCAAGAAUCCCUACGGGUACUCAGAAGAAGUUCAUGGAGACAUUUACAGAAGCAGGGGUCCAGUCAGUGGUUUUGAGAAGGUAGAACUUAUCCCCGACAAUCCCUAUGGCUAUUCAGCACAGACACAGAAAGUGAAAGCCGGACCAGGAGCAUUUGCGUCUGUUGAUUCGAUUUCUAAGAAUCCCUAUGGAUAUUCAGAGGUGGUAGAGAGAGAAAUCUAUAGGAGCAAAGGGCCAGGGAGUGGAUUUGAGAAGGUAGACCUUAUUCCCAACAAUCCAUAUGGCUAUUCUAAGAAGACAGAGAAGGGGACAGCUGCUUCAGAAGCAUUUGAAUCUGUUGCGGCCAUUGCCCAGAAUCCAUAUGGGUUUUCAGAAAAAGUGCAGGGUGAUAUACGUACACAGAGAGCGCUCAGCAGUGGAUUUGAGAACGUCAAAAGCAUCCCAACAAACCCAUACGGUUACUCCACAGAGGUCAAAGAGCUGAAAAAAUCUCCAAGUGGCUUUGAGACUAUCAGCUCUAUUCCAAAGAACCCCUAUGGAUACUCGGAGCAAAUUCAGGCCGACAAUCAAAGAGCUAGAUCUAUAGGAAAUGGAUUUGUGAAAGUAGAUGCAAUCCCUAAUAAUCCAUAUGGAUAUUCUACAGAAAUCAGGAAUCUAAAGUGGUUUGAAGGAGGCUUCGUGAAAGUGGACUCCAUUCCCGUGAAUCCUUAUGGCUAUUCUGAGCAAAUACAGGGAGACAACUUCAAGAUGAGGAGUACUGGAAGUGGUUUUGAAAAGGUUGAGGCUAUCCCUAAUAAUCCAUACGGAUAUUCAACCGAAGCUAAGAAACUACAAGAUCAACCUAGUGGAUUCAUAACUGUAAAAUCAAUCCCAUCAAAUCCAUAUGGUUAUUCUGAAAAGAUUGAAAGUUCCGCAAACCAUGGCAAGAGCCUUCCUACUGGAUUCUCAGAAGUUAAAUCCAUCCCCAGCAAUCCAUAUGGAUUCUCCACAGAAAUCAAAGGGCUGACAAAUGCACCAUCUGGUUUUGAAGCUGUAGAUGCUAUUCCUAGAAAUCCAUAUGGUUAUUCUGGUGAUAUACGUUCUGAUGUUCACACUCCUAAAGCUCGAACAUCAGGAUUUGUUUCUAUUCAAUCCAUCCCCACCAACCCAUAUGGUUAUUCUGAGAAAGUGGCAGACCUUAAAUCUGCCCCAAGUGGAUUUGAAGAAGUCGAUUCUAUUCCAUCCAAUCCUUAUGGAUAUUCAAACAGAAUUCAAUCAGAACAGCACAGAACCCCCACCUUAACUACUCCAUUUGAAGAAGUAUCGAGCAUUCCCUCCAAUCCAUAUGGAUAUUCAGAAAAUAUAAAAAAUAUUGAGAAAUUCCCAAGUGGUUUCACGAAAUCAGGAGAGAUCCCCACCAAUCCAUACGGCUACAGUACCGAGGUGCAGCGAGAGCAUUUCCCAUCUAAAAUGAGGGUAUCAGGAUUUGAACCAGUCAAUGCUAUACCAGCAAAUCCAUAUGGUUACUCUGAAGAUAUCCUGAAGUACGGUGACAGAGAAGGCGCCUUCGAAAGGUUUGAAUCUAUCCCAAUUAAUCCAUACGGGUUCUCUGAAAAAAUAGAUCCUCAUUCACAUUCGGCUCGGCGUCUUGUGAGUGGUUUCGACAACUUCGCCAGCAUCCCGUCCAACCCCUAUGGCUAUUCCGAAAAAGUGGACAAGGUGGACCAGACACCAAGUUCCUUUGAUGCUGUUGAUUACAUUGCCAUCAACCCCCACGGGUUCUCAGCGAAAAUAGGAAGGGGUUCAGCGUCCCCAGUAGAUCGCCCAUCUGCAUUCGAAACAGUUAAACUCAUCCCAGAUAACCCCUAUGGAUAUUCCGAAAAAAUACAAAGUUAUGAUAUUAAUGCUUCAGGGUUUGAAAGUGUCGAGGACAUCCCACAUAACCCAUUCGGAUAUUCGAAAGUGACCCAGAAUGAUGUCUACAAUGGGAAAACCUUGCCAUCCGGAUUUAAGAAAGUUUUGAGUAUUCCAACAAUCCCUAUGGAUACUCAGAGGAGAUUAAAGAAUUACCAGCUCCUGCUUCUGCUUUUGAAGAAGUUCCGUCAAUUCCAAUCAAUCCUUAUGGGAUUUAAGUCUGUUACAUCUAUCCCCAAAAAUCCUUAUGGAUACUCAGAGAAUGUAGUUGAAAUUUCUGAAGGUCCAUCUGCUUUCGAAGAAACCGAGAAAAUUCCAGACAAUCCAUAUGGAUACUCAACUAAGGUACAGGGAGAAGCACACAGGCAACAUAGCAGGCCAUCAGGGUUCGCAUCCGUUGCUGCUAUUCCUACGAAUCCCUAUGGUUAUUCUGAAAAGAUUCUGAAAUAUGUACUUCCUUCGGGAGCCUUUACCGAUUUUGAUUCAAUUCCCAAGAACCCAUACGGAUACUCAGAACUGAUCGAGCAACAGCACCAUAAGCAGAAUGGUGUUGUGUCUGGAUUUGAAAACUUUCCAUUGAUACCAUCAAAUCCUUAUGGAUAUUCUUCUGCCGUUGAAAAGGUGAAGGAAUCCCCCACUGGAUUUGAAGAUGUAGAAUCUGUCCCAACGAAUCCCUAUGGAUACUCGACCAAUAUCGACAGUUCUCCUGUGUCCCUUAAUAGUCGCCCCUCUGGUUUUGAAAAUGUGAAAUCAAUUCCCUUAAAUCCCUAUGGAUACUCAGAAAAUGUAGCAAAGCUUGAUUUGGAGAAAUCAGGUUUCGAUAGUGUUGCUAGCAUCCCAAAGAACCCCUAUGGCUACUCAGAGUUCGUGCAGAGGGAACAUAAUCAACCUAAAACCCACCCCAGUAGCUUUGAGAGGGUACGCAAGAUCCCCAGGAAUCCCUAUGGCUACUCUAAGGAGAUCAAAGAAUUAGGGGCGCCAGAGGAUGCCUUUGUUGCUGUAAAACUCGUACCCAGCAAUCCUUACGGGUAUUCCACAGAAGCAGCAAGGUGGAAAUCAUACAUCGACGUGAGUGGAGGCAAUGUCACCAACAUAGUAGUGCGUGGCUUAAUUCCAGCCACGAAAUACCAGUUCACAGUCCAAGCUUACAGUGAGCAAGGACGGUCUCGUUUCGCCACGCCUACGGUGCCAGUUACGACUCUUGGUAAUCCUUUUGCUCUUUGCUCGUUCUUAUUUGUUCCCUUGUCUUGUCUUGUGUUACUGUCACGUGAGUGCCAGCAGCAGCACGGAGGGCGGAGGGAAGUCCCGAGUGCCCCGCCUGAUCCUGCUCAUCAUGACCUUGGCCGGCACUGCGCUGCUGGUGCUCAACAUGGCCAUCAUCGCCUGCUUCGUCAGGAGGAGGUGGCUCACAGAGGGCGCGGCGUGUCGGCGUCGUCCAGUAAGACCACGACCCUCGAGGUCUUUUCCCCGGCCACGACCCCCGGGGCCACCCAGGGGGACGACCUGCCUCUGACCUCCACGACCCAGCUCCCCCCUGCCGGGUACCAGAAGGUCGAGUGCCAGACGAGCAUCGACGACCUGGAGCGGGUGAGCUUGAGUGGGCGGGACGUGAGCGGCAACCAGCCCCUUCUGAGCACCCAGAGGCAGCGCUUCCCCGUCAGCGUCGCGCCGGCCUCCAAGAUCAGCGGCAUUGGCCACCAGAAGGAGCGGUUCCUCGCCCAGAACGGCGGCCUCUACUGGCAGAAGUACGGCGACGACUCUCCGUACUACUACACCCCGAUCCCGCAGACCACCUACGCGCCCAACGACUCCCCUGCCUUCGGCCACCCGGGGAGCCCCCCGGACGUGUGCCCGACGCCGCCGAAACACCAGCAGCAUCAACCCGAGCAGCUGCGGCAGGAGGAGAUGCACCAGCAGAAAGAGCAGGGGCUUCAGCGGGGAUCCAGCCAGACCGACGACCAGGUGUCCCUCGCGUCCUACAACAGCAGCGCCUCCAAUCAGACAGCUCGGGUCAUGUCUCCGGCCAACAGCCAAAUGGCGCUUCAGGCGGAAAACGUGUUGCUGCAGAGACAGUCGAGUCUUCCCGAACAGCCAGUUCAGCCUCAGCAUCGGCCGCGGCACCACAACCACCACCAUCACCAGCAGCAACCCAAGCAAUCAAUGCAGCAGCAGCCCGUUCCGUAUUACUCGUGGAGCCCGCAGGGACAGCAGAGUCGCGAGAGUCAGCAGAGCCAAGGCAUGCAGCAGCAGCAGCAGAUUGGAUCCCGGCCGUGCGUGCAGCAGCCUGACCUCUACAGCAUGUUUCCAGACCGCCCAGGACUUGAACUCGGCUACGCCACCGUGGGCCCUCGAGGCUCUCGCUCAACCCCCAUGAAGUUCUCGACCCUGCAGCGCCCGAGGCCGUCCUCCUCCUCCAGCACCCCCGUCACCGCCUCCCACGCCAUUUCUCCGCUUGACCUCCAGGGAGCGCCCUCGCACCGCCAGGCCACCCAUGAGUACGCCAACACCCACUACGCCACCGCCGCCGCCCACGCCCCCGACGCCCACUAUGCCUCGACGCUGACGCGGGAUGGCCAGAGCGGGAACAAGAUGACCCGGAGGCCCAGCUACGACCAGGCGCCGCACGCCCACGCCGGCCAGGAGGACAGCGGCUCCUCGGGCUACGGAGGCAGCCCCCGCCAGGAGACGGGCCGGGGAAGGGCCCGCACGCCGCCACGACGCCGUGACGAGCCCCGGGACAGGAGGGCUGCCCCGACCGUCGACGGACGCCCCGGCGCAAGCGAACGGCUCCGCCUCGACGCUUCGCAGACAGAGGUCUCUGCUCGACGCCGACAAGAAGGCGGCCACCGACGCCGCCCAGGCGCCGGCGGUCGUCAACGGCGGCGGCGGAGGCGGGAAGUACGCUAAUCGG